AUGUAUUGCAUAACCAAGAAUAGCAUAUCGUUGAAAGCUAGCCCAAAGAACCGUCUCUUUCCAUUUUCAAAAACUACUUUGAAACCUUCAUUUCACCGAUUUGAAUCGACUUUGAAACGCCCAAAAAGUCCACUUGAACCACUCCAGCCACUCCAGACUGUUCCACACCCCCCAAAAUACCAUUCUCCAAUGUCAAAUCCCCAAAAACUUCUCGCCGACUACUUCGACACCACCAACUUCCAAUUUGCCGGAGACGUCAAAAACCAGGUGGCGUCUCUCAAACGGUGGAUGGAGCUUGUAUAUCUACGCGACAGGCCGCUCGUGGCGGUAGACAUCGAAGCGUUUGAAAGAAAUAGCAACUUGGUCACCGAGGUGGGCUUUGCCAUUUAUGACCCGAAGGAACAGGGUGCAACUUUGUUGCCCAGUAUCCGAACUGUGCACUUGAUAAUCAAGGAACACGCCAAUAAAAAGAACGGGCGGUUUGUGCCCGACAACUCCCAUCGGUGUCUCUUGGGCAAAUCUCAUAUUGUGGACUUACGACAGUGCUCGGCAUUCAUCUCGGAAGUUUUCCGCCAUUACUUUGAAGAAGAUCAAGGUGUGCUUGUGGGACAUGGAAUUAAAGGCGAUAUCAAGUGGCUCAAGACUUUGGUGGGAAAUGUCCCCGAGACAUGUCCUAUAGUGGAUACUACUUUGAUCCACAAACUUUCCAGAAAGGGUAAUGGCAGUCUUGAAGGUAUACUACGCCAAGUUGAAAUUCCCUGUGGCCGCCUCCACAAUGCUGCUAAUGAUGCUUUCUACACUCUACAGGCUGUGAUGGCUUGGUGUGACCCGUACUACCGCCGAAAAUACAACCUUGAUGUCUACGAUUCCACGAUAACGCUGGUGUCUAAGAAUAUUAGGCGACGCAUGCAAUUCGACGAUGCUGCAGUUUUGGUGCACGAAGAAGACGGGAUCCACCUCUACGAGAGAUUAUGGGGCUGUGUGCCAGAAGAAGGUGAGUCUGAUGUAGAAAUGUAG